UGGUUGCUUCCAUCUUAAUGAGCCCAUAAAAGGUGUUUCGUCAUUAGCGGUAAUGAGUUUGACCCAGACUGCACAGAUGGCCUUUCGGCACCUCUACACACUGGUAGCAGUAUUAAGUGUAGUCUUAACACAAGGUGAGGCUGGAAGAUGUGGCCGCAAUCACUGGCAGUGUGAUGAUGGUGCCUGUAUUGUCCACUCAUGGAGAUGUGAUGGAGAAGGUGACUGCCUGGAUGGAUCUGAUGAGAUGGCCUGCUCCUGUCCCCCAGAGGAUUUUGAGUGUUUUGAUGGCAUAUCGUGUGUGAUGGGGUCUGCGGUGUGUGAUGGCCAAGCUCAGUGUGCGGAUGGGUCUGACGAACUAAACUGCAGCCAAUACGAGGGCUGCAUAUCUGGUGACUGGACAUGCAAGAACAACAUUUGCAUCCCGUUGAGUCUCAGAUGCGAUGGAUUCAAUGACUGUGGAGAUGACUCUGAUGAAGAAGGCUGUGGACCUUGUGGAGAUCUGAAUGUGCGGUGUCCAAACGGAACAUGUCUGACUCUAAGAGAGAGGUGUGAUGGUGUUGCUCAGUGUUCUGAUGGAAGAGAUGAACCUGUUACAUGUGGUAAAAGGUGUAGAGAUAAAAAUGGUGGCUGUAGCCACACGUGCACUGACCAGCUUUGGGGAGCAAUGUGUUCUUGUCCCAGUGGGAUGAAGCUCUCAGCAAAUGGAGCAAAGUGUGAAGAUCUUGAUGAAUGUGCCCAGCCUUAUGGACCCUGCAUGCACACGUGUGUUAAUAAAAAAGGAUCUUUUCAGUGCUUCUGUCAACCAGGGUUCCAACUACAAGGUGAUAACGUGUGUCAAGCACAAGGAAAUGAGACAAAACUUCUUACCACCAAGAAGGGACUUCUUGGCCUGAUCACUGUAAAGGAUAGAACGUUCAAGACUCUCGGUGUGAUUAACAGUAACCCAGUGGCUCUGAAUUUUGACCUUGCACGGAACCUUGUUUUUUGGGCUGAUGGGAAUGGAAGCAUCUAUAAAACACAAGAUCAGAAGAGCAAAGUCAUUUAUUCAGGACAGACUGGCAUUAAGUCUCUAGCUGUUGACUGGCUCAGUGGACAACUUUACUGGACAAACUCUGUACUGAAAGGCAUUUAUACAGGAGCCGCUGAUGGAAGCGCUGUUGGCAUAGUUAUGUCCAAAAAGACAGAUCCAACAGAGUUGGUGGUUCUUCCCACUGAAAGCACCAUGUUUUGGAUUAAUAAGGGACCAAACAUCGUAAUGACUAUUGAGAGAGCUGGGAUGGAUGGCUUCUUGAGGACCUCGCUAGUUGUGGUCACUGCACAGUUACCAAGGGGCCUUACGUUAGAUGUGGCGGCACGAAGGUUGUAUUGGUUAAGUGAUUUUAGAAAGUCAGUUGAGACUGUAAAGGUUGAUGGUACAGGACGGUACACCUUCCGAGAACUCUUUAAUGGACGGACUGGUCAGAAUCUGGCUGUGUUUAAUAGCUGGUUCUACUGGGCUGAUGACAGGCGUUUGUGGCAAGCUCCAGAUAACCAGCCUAGUCAGAAGAGUUUUGUUCUGAAGGGGGAGCCAUCAUCCAUAAUGGUCUAUCAUGAACUCCAGCAGCCUCAAGGUGUUUCCCCAUGUAGAAAGUCAGGCUGUGUACUCUGCAUGCCCUCCCUAAACAACCCUGCUGGUUUCACCUGCUCUUGCUCAGAGGGAAAACUUCCUGUGCAAAGUGGUUCAUGUGAACGUUUUAAACUUGCUUAUGCGACACCCACAAGUGUAUACACGCUGGAGUAUACAACGGACGGUCCUAUAAAAUCUAUACUCUUAUCUGAUGACAACAUUCAGACCUUUGACGUGGACUGGAAGAGAGGAUGGGUUAUUUGGGCCAACCUGACAGGCCACGUGAAGGCCCGAUUGCUCAGAGAAGGCCGCUCUGAAUAUAUACCAACCAUGAAGCCUGUGUGCACUGUUCGGGUUGACCAGAAGACUGGAAACUUGUUUUGGGUGUCCUGUGAUGAACUUUCUGUGGGUGCCACCCAUAUUAGCUUCCCUGAUCAGAGCAUUUCAAACCAGUUGUACCAGGCAAGUGGUGAGAUCGAUGACUUGCUUGUGGAUUGGCAACAAGGUCAGUUGUAUUGGCUGGAGGACGGUCAGAUCAUUAACAUGAAGCUAGGCCUGUUGGGUGGAAAUGCAAAAGCGAUCUACAGCUCAGUGGACAAAAGUGUCAACCGCAUUGUAUUGGACAGGAAAGCUCGUAGCUUUCUUUGGAACUCAGAGAAUGAACUGCAAGUACUGAGUCUAACAAAAAUGAGAAAAUACUCUGCUGGUAAAAGAUGGACUUUUCCAGGCUUGAUUGCAGCUGCCUAUGAGCCCUAUAUUGUGACUGUGCUCAAUGAUGUCAUCACGGUGUGGAAGCGGCAAGAUGGAUCACAUGUGAAUGCUGUUGCUGUGGAGAGUGACAUUGUUGAAAUAACCAUAGCUCUGAAUGAAUUUCAACAAGAUGCACUAGUGUCUGCUCCAGAAGUGAAAUCUCCUGUCAAUAUGACUCCUAGAGUUGAAACUAGUCCUGAACAAGCCUGUAAAAUCCCUUCGGUAAUGUGUGAAGGCUCGUCACUAUGCAUCAGUGAAUCUCAGCUGUGUGAUGGGAUGUUGGAUUGUCCUGAUGGGUUUGAUGAGCUUCACUGUUUACAUGUCUGCUCAGAUACAGCCCACUUCCUGUGUAAGAACAAAAGGAAGUGUAUUGAACGAGCCCUGGUGUGUGAUGGUCGCUCUGACUGUUCUGAUGGUUCAGAUGAGUCACAAUGUCCUACAUGUCCUCUGCACUGUGAUGAGGGAACGGUGUGCCUGACCAGCCAGCAGUUCUGUGAUGGACAAAUGGACUGUAAAGAUGGCUUGGAUGAGAGGAACUGCUAUCAAGAUGGCAAAAAGGCUACAGAAGCAGCAGCCCUGAAAUGUCCUCUGGGCUUCAAACCAUGCAGAGAUGGAAGUGAGUGUGUUCUUUACAGUCACUUCUGUGAUGGAGAAAAGGACUGUAAGGAUGGGUCAGAUGAGAGGGGCUGUGAACGGCGAUGUAAAAAAGGGCAGUUUCAAUGUGCUCAUGGGAGGAUGUGCAUAGACAAGAAGCAGGUGUGUGAUGGGACUCCUCACUGUCAAGAUCGCUCUGAUGAAAUGGACUGCUUUACACAGACCAAGAGCUGUAGCCAUCGCUGUGACAACAAGACUCGCUGCAUCCCUGAUAACUUCCUGUGUGAUGGGGAGAGAGACUGUGUGGAUGGCACAGAUGAGGCAGAUUGCAACAAGAAUAACCAAAAUACAGGAGCUCUGAAAUGUGCUGUCGGCUCCAAAUCAUGCAGAGAUGGAAGUAAGUGUAUCCUCAACAGUCACGUGUGUGAUGGAGAGAAGGACUGCAAGGAUGGGUCAGAUGAGAAGGACUGUAGACGCAGUUCUUCUGUUACUGUGGCUCCUAGAGCUGAAACAGCUCCAAAACCAACCUGUAAAAGCCCUUCAGUAAUGUGUGAAGGCACGUCACAGUGCAUCAGUGAGACUCAGCUGUGUGAUGGGGUGUUGGAUUGUCCUGAUGGGUUUGAUGAGCUUCACUGUUUACAUGUCUGCUCAGAUCCAGCCCACUUCCUGUGUAAGAACAAGAGGAAGUGUAUUGAACGAGCCCUGGUGUGUGAUGGUCGCUCUGACUGUUCUGAUGGUUCAGAUGAGUCACAAUGUCCUACAUGUCCUCUGCACUGUGAUGAGGGGAUGGUGUGCCUGACCAGCCAGCAGUUCUGUGAUGGACAAAUGGACUGUAAAGAUGGCUUGGAUGAGAGGAACUGCUACAAUGGUAACAAAGAUACAGGAGUUCUAAAAUGUGCUGUGGGCUUCAAACCAUGCAAAGAUGGAAGUGCUUGUAUCCUCUACACUCAUGUGUGUGAUGGAGAGAAGGAUUGCAAGGACGGGUCAGAUGAGGAGGACUGUAGACGCAGUCCUUCUGUUACUGUGGCUCCUAGAGCUGAAACAACUCCAAAACCAACCUGUAAAAGCCCGUCAGUAAUGUGUGAAGGCACGUCACUGUGCAUCAGUGAGACUCAGCUGUGUGAUGGGGUGUUGGAUUGUCCUGAUGGUUUUGAUGAGCUUCAUUGUUUACAUGUCUGCUCAGAUCCAGGCCACUUCCUGUGUAAGAACAAAAGGAAGUGUAUUGAACGAGCCCUGGUGUGUGAUGGUCGCUCUGACUGUUCUGAUGGAUCAGAUGAGUCACAAUGUCCUACAUGUCCUCUGCACUGUGAUGAGGGGACAGUGUGCCUGACCAGCCAGCAGUUCUGUGAUGGACAAAUGGACUGUAAAGAUGGCUUGGAUGAGCUGAACUGCUAUCAAGCUGGCAAAAAGGCUGAAAAAUCUUUGCCCCUUAAAUGUCCUCUGGGCUUCAAACCAUGCAGAGAUGGAAGUGAGUGUGUUCUUUACAGUCACUUCUGUGAUGGAGAAAAGGACUGUAAGGAUGGGUCAGAUGAAAGGGGCUGUGAACGGCGAUGUAAAAAAGGGCAGUUUCAAUGUGCUCAUGGGAGGAUGUGCAUAGACAAGAAGCAGGUGUGUGAUGGGACUCCUCAGUGUCAAGAUCGCUCUGAUGAAAUGGACUGCUUUACACGAACCAAGAGCUGUAGCCAUCGCUGUGACAACAAGACUCGCUGCAUCCCUGAUAACUUCCUGUGUGAUGGGGAGAGAGACUGUUUGGAUGGCACUGAUGAAGCCGAUUGCAACAAGAAUAACAAAGAUACAGGAGCUCUGAAAUGUGCUGUCGGCUCCAAAUCGUGUAGGGAUGGAAGUAAGUGUAUCCUCUAUAGUCACGUGUGUGAUGGAGAGAAGGACUGCAAGGAUGGGUCCGAUGAGGAGGACUGUAGACGCGGUCCUUCUGUUACUGUGGCUCCUAGAGCUGAAACAACUCCAAAACCAACCUGUAAAAGCCCUUCAGUAAUGUGUGAAGGCACGUCACUGUGCAUCAGUGAGACUCAGCUGUGUGAUGGGGUGUUGGAUUGUCCUGAUGGGUUUGAUGAGCUUCACUGUUUACAUGUCUGCUCAGAUCCAGGCCACUUCCUGUGUAAGAACAGGAGGAAGUGUAUUGAACGAGCCCUGGUGUGUGAUGGUCGCUCUGACUGUUCUGAUGGUUCAGAUGAGUCACAAUGUCCUACAUGUCCUCUGCACUGUGAUGAGGGAACGGUGUGCCUGACCAGCCAGCAGUUCUGUGAUGGACAAAUGAACUGUAAAGAUGGCUUGGAUGAGAGGAACUGCUAUAAGGCUGGCAAAAAGGCAGAACCUGCAUCUCUAAAAUGUCCUCUGGGCUUCAAACCAUGCAGGGAUGGAAGUGAAUGUAUCCUCUACAGUCAUUUGUGUGAUGGGGAAAAGGAUUGCAGGGAUGGAUCAGAUGAGAAGGGCUGUGAACGGCAAUGUAAAAAAGGGCAAUUUCAAUGUGCUCAUGGGAGGAUGUGCAUAGACAAGAAGCAGGUGUGUGAUGGGACUCCUCAGUGUCAGGAUCGCUCUGAUGAAAUGGACUGCUUUACACAAACCAAGAGCUGUAGCCAUCGCUGUGACAACAAGACUCGCUGCAUCCCUGAUAACUUCCUGUGUGAUGGGGAGAGAGACUGUGUGGAUGGCACUGAUGAAGCAGAUUGCUCUACUAAUCAUGGAUCUACGAUGAACAGAAAGGCCUCUUCUGAAGUAGGGUCAGUAGAUUUAUCAGCUCACCCUCCAGACUGUAGAAGCCCUUCAGUGUUGUGUGAAAGCACAGCCUCAUGUAUGUCUCCAAUUCAACUCUGUGAUGGAAAGUUGGAUUGUCCUGAUGGUUCUGAUGAGCUCUCUUGUAUAGAUUCGUGUCUGAAGAUAGGUGACUACCUCUGUAAGAACAGGAGGAAGUGUAUUGAGCGAUAUCUGGUGUGUGACGGACGCUCCGACUGCUCUGAUGGGUCUGAUGAGAUGGAAUGUUCUGCUGCUGCAAUGCCAAAAGAAGCAGCAGCCUUAAAGUGUCGUUUAGGCUCAAAGCUCUGUAAAGAUGCUAGGGACUGUGUAUUGAACACCCAUGUGUGUGAUGGAGAGAUUGACUGUAAGGAUGGCUCUGAUGAAGAGGGAUGUGACCUUCAGUGUAAUCCAGGUCAGUUUCAGUGUAGUCAUGGCAGAAAGUGCAUUGACCGAAAGCAGGUGUGUGAUGGGAUUCCGCAGUGUCCAGAUAACUCCGAUGAAGCAACAUGCUGGAAGCCGACAAGAAGCUGUGCGCUGCGUUGUGAUCAAAACAGUCUCUGUAUUCCAGAGGUUUUUAUCUGCAAUGGGAUCAGGGACUGCUGGGAUGGAUCAGAUGAAACUGACUGUGCAGGCAACCUUGGACCACCCUCUCGCUGCAAAACUCCACUUAUACCAUGUCUGGCAACCCCAAAGUGCAUCUCCCGGAGUCAACUCUGUGAUGGCAGAAAGGACUGUGCCGAUGGGUCUGACGAAAGACCAUGCCUUCAGAGCUGUCCUUCUAAUGGCAAUGACUUUUUGUGUAAAGAUAGGAGAAGAUGCAUCAACGGGAAACUGGUCUGUGAUGGACGUGUGCACUGCACUGAUGCUUCUGAUGAGGUGGACUGUCCAACCGUGGCUGCUUAUACCUCUGGAGCGGCUCCCGUAAAGUGCCGUUUGGGUUUAAAGCCCUGUAUGGAUGGCAGUGACUGCAUCCUGUACAGUCAUGUGUGUGAUGGAGAGGCGGAUUGCAAAGAUGGGUCUGAUGAGGAGGGCUGUGAUGUUGAUUGCAAAGCUGGGCAGUUUCAGUGUGCGCAUGGAAGGAUGUGCAUUGACGCUACCCUUGUGUGUGAUGGUAAGCCACAUUGCCAGGAUCGUUCUGAUGAAAUGGACUGCUUCACACGAACCAAGAGCUGUAGCCAUCGCUGUGACAAUAAGACUCGCUGCAUCCCAGAAAACUUCCUGUGUGAUGGAGAGAGAGACUGUGUAGAUGGCACUGAUGAAGCAGACUGUGGUUAUCCUCCACAGCUGAGAAGCUGUGAUGCACCUUCUGUGUUGUGUCAAGGCGGAAAACUGUGCAUCUCUCAAACUAAACUGUGUGAUGGAAAGCGUGACUGUCCAGACGGCUUUGAUGAAGAAUCUUGCAUCAAAAGAUGUCCAAAAAGAGGUGACUUUCUGUGUAAGGACAGGAGGAAGUGUGUUGGGAGUGGUUUGGUCUGUGAUGGUCGUUCUGACUGCACUGAUGGCUCUGAUGAGGAGGGAUGUUCCACUGUGUCUGUAAAGCCUAAUAUCACUGGUCCAGUAAAGUGCCGUUUGGGCUGGAAACCUUGUAAGGACAGAAAGGAAUGUGUGCUCUACAGUCACGUAUGUGAUGGAGAGGUGGACUGUAAAGAUGGCUCUGAUGAAGAAGACUGCCAAUAUCAGUGUAGAUCAGGGCAGUUUCAAUGUGCUCAUGGGAGGAUGUGCAUAGACAAGAAGCAGGUGUGUGAUGGGACUCCUCAGUGUCAAGAUCGCUCUGAUGAAAUGGACUGCUUUACACAGACCAAGAGCUGUAGCCAUCGCUGUGACAACAAGACUCGCUGCAUCCCUGAUAACUUCCUGUGUGAUGGGGAGAGAGACUGUGUAGAUGGCACUGAUGAGGCAGACUGUAGUAAGGGUGAUAAGAAAUCUUCAGGAAAGUCAUCUCUGAAAUGUGCUGUGGGUUUCAAACCAUGUAGUGAUGGAAGUGAGUGUAUCCUCUACACUCAUGUGUGUGAUGGUGAAAAGGACUGCAAGGACGGGUCAGAUGAGGACGACUGUAGACGCAAAUUUGUUCCUGUAGCUCCUGCUGAAACAACUUCUGCACCAGUCUGUAAAAGCCCCUCAGUAAUGUGUGAAGGCACUUCGCUAUGCAUCAGUGAGUCUCAGCUGUGUGAUGGGAUGUUGGAUUGUCCUGAUGGGUUUGAUGAGCUUCAGUGUUUACAUGUCUGUUCAGAUCCAGCCCACUUCCUGUGUAAGAACAAAAGGAAGUGUAUUGAACGAGCCCUGGUGUGUGAUGGUCGCUCUGACUGUUCUGAUGGUUCAGAUGAGUCACAAUGUCCUACAUGUCCUCUGCACUGUGAUGAGGGAACGGUGUGCCUGACCAGCCAGCAGUUCUGUGAUGGACAAAUGGACUGUAAAGAUGGCUUUGAUGAAAAGAAAUGCUACAAGGGUGACAAAAAUGCAGCAGGUACUUCAUCCCUGAAAUGUCCGCUAGGCUUCAAACCAUGCAGGGAUGGAAGUGAAUGUAUCCUUUACAGCCACGUGUGUGAUGGGGAGAGAGACUGCAAAGACGGGUCUGAUGAGAAGGACUGUGAACGGCAGUGUAAAAAAAGCCAAUUCCAAUGUGCUCAUGGGAAGAUGUGUAUUGACAAGAAGCAGGUGUGUGACGGGACUCCUCAGUGUCAGGAUCGCUCUGAUGAAAUGAAUUGUUUUAAACUGUCUGAAUCCUGUAGCCAUCACUGUGAUAACAGAAGCCGCUGCAUCCCUGAAACUUUCCUUUGUGAUGGUGAGAGGGACUGUCUAGAUGGCACGGAUGAGACAAGCUGUGGAAAGGAAGAAUGUUCACGUGGACAAUUUCAAUGUGCCAGCGGGCAGUGUGUAUCUGCAAGUGUCCGUUGUGAUGGUCAUGCAGAUUGUCAUGAUCAGUCUGAUGAGAAGAACUGUCGUAAACCUCCACACUGCCCCCUAGAGCUGCGCUGCCCCAAUAGCCAUGUUUGCUUGGUGAAAGAGUGGUUCUGUGAUGGAGACAAAGACUGUAGUGAUGGAUCUGAUGAACAGAGCUGCAUGUCCUCCCCCAUGAAAUGUGGAAUGUUCCAGUGGUCUUGUGCAUCUAAGGAUCAGUGCAUUCCUACAUUUUGGAGAUGUGAUGGAGUUAAGGACUGUAAAGACCAGAGUGAUGAAGCUGGAUGUGGCCCGGUGAAAUGCCCCUUGAACAUGUUCAAGUGUGGCAGUGAGGAGUGUUUGGACUUCAAGCUGGUGUGUGAUGGCAUUGCUAACUGUCUGGAUAAGUCCGAUGAAGGCCCAGGGUGUCUCGGCAACAAUUGCUCCAGCCCACACCCACGUCAAUGCGAGCACAUCUGUGUCAACACGCCCCAAGGAGCGAGGUGUGGGUGUCAAACGGGCUUCAGGAUCCAGGAAGAUGGAAUAUCCUGUGUGGACAUAGAUGAAUGUACAGAAAUUCAGCCUCCUGUCUGCAGCCACAGUUGCAUGAACAUCCAUGGAUCCUACAUAUGUCAGUGUCCUCCAGGUUUUAUACUGGAGCCAGACGGCAACAGCUGUAAGGCACCAAAGGAGCCUAGUCUGUUGGCAUCAGUUCAGUAUGAGGUGCUGUUUAUAGGCCUGAGGAGCAGCAACAUGCAGAUGCUACUUCCCCCAGGCCAGAAACCAAUCUUUUCUCUGGAUUAUGACUUGAGAGAACAGCGGGUGUUCUGGGUCUGUCUGCAGGAGGAAAGCAUCAAAUAUGCAGUGCAUGGAGAAAAGGGCCAGAUCAGGACACUUGUUAAAGAUGUGAAAACCGACUCGAUUGCAGUAGACUGGGUUGCAGGAAACCUGUACUGGGUGGAUGGAGCUGCUGGCCAGAUUUUAGCUGUAAGGAUUAGUGACCGUGUAGUGAAGCGACAAGAAGUAACUGUGAUUCUAGAUGAAGACCUGGAGCAGCCUCGUUCUCUGGUGCUUCUGCCUCAGAAAGGGAUAAUGCUGUGGUCAGAGAUUGGGAAGGAGUCUCGGAUUGAGCAAGCUGGCAUGGACGGUUCAGAGAGGAAUGUGCUGCUCAGCCAUGGUUUAAGUUGGCCUGUAGCCUUAGCUGUGGAUAUUGUGACCGACAGAAUCUACUGGGUAGAUGAGAAGCUAAAGUGCAUAGGUUCAGCCACAAUGAAUGGCGAGGAUAUCAGGAUGCUGCAGUUGACCGAGACUUCAAGCCCUUUCUCUGUGGCAGUGUUUAAUGACCUGGUUUACUGGUCUGACACUGAGCGACUGGCCAUCCAUGGCGCUCACAAAAUCACUGGCAAGAACCGCAAAGUUAUUCUUAAAAGACCUGGCCAACCAUUUGGGCUCAAAGUUGUCCACCCCCUUGUGCAGUAUAAUGUGGUUAACCCCUGUGAGAGACUCAGAUGUUCUCACAUGUGUGUGCUAGCCCCAGGCAUCCGUGCAUUAUGUCGUUGCCCAGCAGGACUGCUGUUGGCUGAGGAUGGAUUGACCUGUAGCUCACCUGAGAACUCUUCCAAUUCCUUCCUUCUGCUUCUUUCUCCUACUAGACUCACAAAGGUUUUCACUGGAAACCUGCACGGGCAGGCUGGACUAAAGCAGUGGCCUGCCCACAAUGCCCAGUCCCUCCCUGGCAUAAAUGAAGCCUCAGAUCUGGACUUGGUUCUUAGUGACAACAUGCUCUAUGUGGCAGAUGUAAGCCAGGCAGCUGUGGCUCAGAUUAAACUGGGUGAGUCCACAUGGACACACGAGGGCCUUAUGUUGCAUUUACCAGGGGAUGCGUUGAUUGCCCUGGCUGUGGAUUGGAUCACACACAACUUGUAUUGGAGCAGCAGCAAGAAGCCUCAGAUCUAUGUCACAUCAGCAGAUGGGAAGUUCACUUCUAUGGUUCUGCAGGCUGGGUUUCAGGACGCCACAUCUAUUGCCCUACACCCACCCACUGGCAGGAUGUGCUUCACGGCCAUUGGGUCAUUAGGGAAAGAUGCUGUGCCCCAGGUGGACUGUGCUGCUAUGGAUGGCCAGAAUCAAAUGUUGCUUUGGAAGAAAUCUCAGCUUCCCAAUUUUCUGACUUUUUCAAGCCAGGGUACAAGAGUUUAUUGGGCCGAUAUUGCCACUGAAGUGAUUUGCUCCGUGAACAUUGAUGGAUCGAAUUACAGGGAAUAUAAAUCUGGAAAUGGCUCUCCUUUAAUUGUGUCUUUAACCCAAAGUGAAAAUGUACUCUUCUGGAUCACCCGGUACAAUGGCACAACCAAUGUGUGGUACAGUGAUGGCAUACAGCCCAAGAAGUUGUGGUUUGAAGUGCAAACAAACAUAAUAGCAGUGAAGGCAUACAGUACAAACAGCCAGAAAGGAACCAACCCAUGUGCAGAGAAUAAUGGUGGUUGUAGCCACUUGUGCCUGGCAUACCCAGGGGGACGUACAUGCCGCUGUACACAAGGCUACAUCACCAUAAAUGAUGUCGAGUGUAUUCCUGGAUUACAGUGUCCAUCAGGCUCUAAGCCUUGCAGAGACCAAUACAAGUGCCUCUCCACCACCAGAUUUUGCGACCAAAUCCCAGAUUGCCAGGAUGGCUCUGAUGAAGAAGGCUGCCACAUUAAGGAAAAUGAGUUGUUUGUUGGCACAAUGGCUGGCAGGUCCUGCAAUUCUGAGUUCUGUAAUGGCCAAGGGCGCUGUAUGAUGCAAAAAGGGAAAGCAGUCUGUGAGUGUGUGCAGGGUUACAGUGGGCAGUUCUGCCAGGAUGAGGCAUCCAGUAGUGUUCCUGUUGUCCUUACAGUUAUCUUUAUUGUCUGCCUAGUUAUUGCAGCUGUGGCAGUUUUAAAAUGGAGAAGAUGGAAAUCAAGAGGCCAGCCCAUGGAUAAGGAAACACUCAUGAAGGACAUGGAGGAACAGGAACAGGAACCAUGCUCUGAGAACUUUUCAAAUGAACUCUACAACCCAAUGGAGGAACAAGCAACACCUGUUGGUUGAUUUAUUUAAAAUAAAUGUUAGUGGGUUAAAAACUGUCUUGCUUUUCCUUUUCAAUGGCCUGGACAACUGAGCUGCUGACUCGACCUUUUCCUAUGCAGUAUUAAACGGUGUGAACAUA